AUGAAUCGGUGUCGCACCCCAAUUUACGCUGGUGUGACCAGUAUCGGUACUGGUGUUACCGAACUGGAUAAGCUCCUUAAGGAGAGAGCCGAGAAGCUAGACAAAGCGAAGAAGGACCUCGUCGCGUCUGCUGAACAAAAUGAUCAAGUUCAGAAAACCCUGCUCGCGAAGGAGCAGGAACUUGAACUCAUUAGGAGCGAGCUCACGGCGGCCAAGGAGCAGUUGGUCCUGGUUUCGGCGCAGGAGGCCAAGGCCAGCAAAUCGGCGCAAGCAGGGGCAGCGCGUGUAGAGCAGCUCCUUUUGGAGUUACAGAAGGCUGGAGAGUCUCGCAAACGGCUGGAACAGGAACACAUCGAACUGCAGAAGGAUGUGGAAGGAAACCGCCAAGAAGCCGGGAGGGCGCUGGCUGAGCUUUCCGCGCUCAAACAACAGCUUGAAGGCGCACGCAGUGAGAGGAACGUUCUCAUCGAGCGCGUCGGUUCCCUAGACCAGCAAUGCCGGCGGCUGGAGACCGAGCUUGCCAACGAAGUAGCACAGCGGGCGCAGGCUGAGAGUCGGUUGGCGUCCGCAGAGAGCUCUUUGUCUGCAGCGCGCGCCGAGCUGCAGCAAACCCUCACCGCAUUAUCGGCGGCGAGAAUGGAAGCGGAUCGCAGCAGCGUCCAUGCGCAGCACCUCCUGGGGGAAUUGGCAGCGGCCAAAGCGGAUGCAUCAUUCUGCAGCCAGCAGCUCAGCGAUCUGCGGUCGAAUUUGGCAGCUGCACAGCAGCACAACGAGGUGCUUUCGUCACAGAUCCGAACGAAGGAGGCGUCCCUAGAGGCCCAUAGUGCUCAACUCGCUACCCACAUGUCCGAAGUAGUCGAGUUGCGACUGAACGUAAGUAACCUUUGCGCAGAUCUGGAAGCAGCACAGGACGGCGUGAGGCAGCGCGAUGCGGCCAUCGCCAGCAUCACGGCCAGGAACAACGAACUGGAGCGUCAGGUCAGUGACAAGGAGGUCGAGUUAAGUCGACUGAGCACGCAGCUGCAGCAGCGCGGCGCAGAGCUAGAGGCUGCAGCGGCGCGUGAACAGGCGCUUACAGCAUUGAAUAUGCAGCUGGAGGAGUCCUUGAGCUCCAAGGCUAUGCAAUGUGAGCAGCAAACGGCAAUGGCCUUGACACAGCAACAGCAGCUUGACAGCGUCCAGGCAGACCUGGCUGUAAAAUUGGAGGCUAUCGCAACUGCAACAGCUAAGCUGAACUCAGCGCACGAGGUCGUCAGCUUGCAGAAGCAGGACCUAGAGGAGCAGGCAGCCAAGUUGAUGGGCCUUGAGAGCGAGCUGGAAGCGCUAUCAGCGGCGGCGCAAGAUCAGGUGAAGGCGCUGAACGAGCGUGCUGCAACCAUAGAGCAACUGCAGGAGCUGUUGCAUCGUCAAAACGAGGAGGUCGCACACGUCAAGGCUGAGCUAACUUCUGCGCACAUUGCGCUCUGUAGCCGCGCUGAAGAAGUCACGCAGCUGACCUGCACGUUAUCGGAGCGCGACGCGGCGAUGUCCUCCCUGCAGUCUGAAGUAACAGAGUUACAAGCGGGCAUUGCCGUACGCGCUGCUGAAGUCGCGCAGCUGACGCACACGUUGGCGGAGCGCAAUGCGGCGAUCUCAUCCCUGCAGUCACACAUGGAAGAGCUAAAAGCGGACGUUGCCGUUCGCGGCGACCAAAUCGGGCAGUUAACAUGCGAUUUGGCGGAACGCGAUGCAGCGAUUUCAGUCUUGCGGUUGAAUGUGGCGGAGCUAAAGGCAGACGUUGACGUGCGCAGUGAUCAGGUCAAACAGCUGACAAACUCAUUGGCAGAACGUGGCGCGGUGGUCUCCUCCCUGCAGUCACGGGUGGCAGAGUUAGAGGGGGAUAUUGACAUACGCGAUGAUCGAGUCACGCAGCUGGCAAGCACAUUGUUGGAGCGCGACACAGCGGUCUCCUCUCUGCAGUCACAAAAUUCAGAGUUAAAGGCGGACGUUGCGGCGCGCGAUGAUCAAGUCGGUGUCAUAACGUCGAAAAUGCAAGAGUUACAGGCGCAUAUCAGUCAUCUUGAAGGAGAGCUUGCUGUCCGUGACGCAGCAGUCGCUUCAGUUAACGACGAGCUUGGAAGUGCUAGAACGGAGCUGCAGGACCGGGAAAACCGUAUUGCAGAGCUCAUGGCGGAGGCGGAGACAGCUGCGGACGCGAUAAGGGCUCUUCAGUGCACAGUUAUGGAGUUGGGGGCUUGCAAAACCCAGCUCCAGAAAGACCUUUAUCUGCAACGUGAGAUCUGCUCGGGACUGUCCGCUGAGCUAGCCACAGCCAAGUCAGAUCUGGCGGGCUGUGCAGCAAUGGAGGAGGCACUUCGUUCAAAGCUAGCAACCGUGGAGCAGCUGCUGGCGUGCACGGAAGCCGCGAAGCAGCAGAUCGAGGAGCAGCGCAUCCAGUUAAAUGGAGAGUUAGAUGCCGCGCGCGAUGCUUACGCUUGCCUAUCCAGGACCAAUGAGGUGCUUGCCCAGGGCGAGGCGGCAUUGCGACUGGAGCUGCAGGAGCAGCAGGAUGUACAUGCGCGCGAGGGCUUCGCCUUACGCGGGAAGUUGACGGACUUGCAGGGCGAGUUGACGGCCAAGCUGACAGUAGCACAGCAAGGGGCACGGAAGCUGGAAGCCCAGCUGCAAGAGGCGAACGCGGUUUCUGAGAAGCAGGCUGCGGAACUAACGCAAACGCGAGCCGACCUUGCAUCCCGCAUAUCCAAGGUCGAACAGCUGCAGUACGCGGUCAGGGACAUGGAACAGAAGGCGGCGGAGCAUGAAGCUGCAAGGGCAAAGCUUGAGGUGAUGCUCUUGUCCUCACAGCAAGACCUAUCAAGCAGCAUCGUACGGUGCACCGCCCUUGAGGACAAAAUUGCACAGCUGGACGCUAUGCUUGCGGAGGUGUCGCAGCAGCGGACGAGUGCACAGGCGGCGCUCGAACAGCUACGGGCGGAGAGGCUGGAGUUGAUGGCCAGGGCUAAGGCGGAUAGUGAUAAGGCAAGCGCGCGGGUUUCAGAGCUGGAGGAGGAGCUCGCGUAUUCUCGCAACGCUGCCGCCGGUCUCGGUGUUGAGCUCGCGCAGUUGGUUACGGACCUGCAAGCGCACGAACAGGAUAUUAAGGCAACGUUGGCCGCUACACGGGCGCGCGGUGCCCAGCUGGAGGCGGAGACGGAGUCUCUGCAGGCGCUGGUUGAAUCCGCACAGCUUGAGGCGCAUCAAGCUCGCGACGAGAUGUUCACAAUGUCCGCGGACUUGGACAAGGCCCAGGAACAAAUUCGCACGUUCCAAAUGCAAGAGAAUGAGAUGGAGAGUCUUCGCCACGAGCUAGAGGGAAUGUUCAUGCGCCUUCGGGACACCGAGGCGCGCAACGAGGCGCUUCAGAACCAGGCAAGCUGGCGGCCGACUGUGCUAGAGAGUGCCUAUCUCAUGGUCGUGGUGAUGGAGGGCCGGGUCGCGUCUAUGACUCCAAUCUGCUCCAGGGCCAAACUCGACGACCAGGUGCGCGCGUUAAGCGAGGCGCUCGAGAAGAGUCAUUUGAGGAGCAAUGAGCUGGAGGAUCAUGUCCGCCGCAACGUACUCCUGGAGACCACCGCUGCUCUUGAGCUGCGACGCCUUACGGACGAAAACGAGCACCUCGUGACUCGCAUGGCGAAGCUAGAGGACGAUUUGAAGGAGCAAGCCGCCCUGGGCCACAACAACCAUAAGCAGAAGAUCCAGUACCACUUACGUCUCAAGCAGGAGCUGGAGGAGCUCCGCCACGAAUGCACAAUUCUACUCCGCGACAAGUUCCAGCUGGAACAGUGUAUCAGGUACCUGGCAGUCCAGGUGGGCAUGGGUCCCAGCGACAGGCGGCAAACCUUGGCCACGGCGGAGCGCAAAGCAAUUGAGAAGGUGCUGCCAGCCUGUUUGACGUGCAACGCGAUGUACAGCACGCCACUCAGCCAGCGCGCCAUGCGUCUUAGCGCGCGCGGCAAGAACAAUGAACAGGGCACGGUGUAUGCUGGGGGCAAGGAAACGUUUGAGGAGGGUAUUAACGAGGCGCAGAGGAAAUUCCUGAGCGUGGCAACCAACUUACGGAAUGAGUUCCAGUUUGCUGCGGCGGUAGCGGCAGUUGCUGCCUCCUCCCCGCACACUGAUAACUCGGCUGAGAGCAUGGGCUCCGAGGUUGCUAAAAUGUCUUGUGGUACUACCCGUCCUGACACAUGCGGCUCUCCUGAUGGCAAGGCCGCGCGUGACCCGGCUGCGGCUCAGUUCGUCGGGACGCCAAUUGCCACCAUUCGCGGCGCUGGCACUCCCGCAAGCGGUUCUACCCAAGGAGUCGUGAACUGCACAGGCCCACAAAGCCUUGCCAAGCUUGAGGAGCGCAUUAAGCAACGGAUUUCGGACGUCUGUGCGCCAGCCACCUCGCGCAACGUGGCGGGGCCUUCCUCCGCCAGUAUGGCGCUAGACGUGCCUGGCCCGACGCCGGCUGUCGUAUCGACUGUGCAGCGUGGCGCGUUGAACGGGAACAGGGACCAGGAUAAGGAGAGGGGCCGGGACAAAGAGACGAGCGGCGGUGCGGGUCCCUCAGGCAACAAUGGCGGAGUCUUUGGAAGCAACGGAGCAGCCGUGGGCUGUAACGGCGGAGCCCGUGAACGUGUGCCACGCCCAUCGAUGGCUCCGGGAGAUGUAGCGGCCGGCAACCGCGUGGGCGUACAGAAUCGCCGCCUGACCACGGCUGUCGUGGGCGUAAGGACAUCAUUCAAGGGCUGA